AUGCAGGCAACCAGAGCCAUCACUCGCAGCCUCCCCCCAAGCCUUAAUCGAGGACGAAAACAAUUGCGCGUCGUCAAUUCGACACCCCUUCCUUCCUCCUACGCAACCCAUAACCCUCCGACCGACUCCGAUCAACUUGCCUACCGAUUAUGUGAACUCUCUCUUCAAAAAAUACAGAAAGAGGCCCGAGCAUGCGAGCCUGAUAUUCGACACGUACUUGCGUGUACCUCUAUGCAACGUCUCGCGCAGCAAGACCUACUAUACCGUCUGGACACACUACAAACCGCAAUGUAUGUCCCCGCUCUACCUCUUCUUCCUGGGGCAGAUGAACCUUUAUUCGAGGAAGAAGAUGAGAUGGACAUGAAGUCACUUCAAAUAGCCGUUUCUGAGCUAGAAACUGCCAGCAGGAGAGGGGAGCUGGCUCGUUUCAUAUGCUUCCAACAAAUAAAAGAGAUGGAGGAUGCACAUUUAUGA